AUGGCGUCCGAUGAGGCCACCCUGCCGUCGCCCGGAGAUGGGGCAGCCACGUGCAUCACAACCCAGGAGCCCGCCUUCAGUGUUGAUGACAUAACCGCCUGCUUCAAGCGCUGCCAACGCCUCAUCAAGCAGCUGGCGCCGCGGCCCACCCCCACAACCAACGACGAUGCGGCCGAUACCCCGCUCACGCGCGCUCUUGAUGAGGUCCUGGUGGAGAAUCCGCCCCUCUUGCUGGCCACGCUGGCCCAUGGGCCCCCGCAGCCGUGGCAGCCGGCCCUGACAGAGACGGCCUGUUUUCGCAAUUGCCGCCCCGCCCUCCGCUGGCUCUUGGCCCAUGGUGCCGACCUGCACGCUUGCAACGACCAAGGCCAAAACCUGGCAUUUACGGCUGCCGCCAGCAACCACGUGGCGCUCCUCGAUUUCCUUCACCAUCUCGGCCUUGAUGUCAACGUUCAAGAUCACCGACGUCGCACCUGCGCCUUCCUGGCUGCCGAGCGCGGCCAUCUCGAGGCUCUGCGCUGGUGCCUUCACCACCAGAGCGUCAGUCCAGACCAUGAGGACCACGAAGGUCUCACCCUCCUGGCGGCCGCUUGCGAAAAGGGCAAACUCAACGUCGUCACCCUGCUCACCCAGCCCCCCUACAACGCCCAGCCCGCCCGGUAUGGCUUUUUGCAGUCUCCCCCCAUCCUCGCCGCCUGCCGACAGGGUCAACUCCACGUAGUGCAGUACCUCGUGGAGCACUGUCACGCUCGCCUUGAGGGAGAGAGCCCCGCCGAGCACGUCUUUGCCCAAAACGCGCUGGCCGCCGCUGCAGCCCAUGGGCAUGACAACGUCCUACGCUACCUCCUUGACCAGCACACUUUUCAUGCCUCCUCCUGGCGCUCUGCCUUGACCCGCACUGCCGCCCAUGGCCACACCAGCACGUUUGCCCUUCUCCUGCACCACCUCCCGUCCCUGGACUGCGCACAGCGCAUCAUCCCCACCCACCAAUACCUCCUCCAAGCUGCUCUGGAAGCGGCCCGCCACGACCGUGUCCUCGUUCUGCAGCAGCUGCUCCUCCCAUCCACCCCCAGCACCCACCUGCCGUUUGACCUCAAGCUAGCGGCCCGCUUGGUCGCCUUGAGUGCGGCCCAGGCCCAAGCCACCACCCUUGCGUGGAUUGUGGAUCAGUACAUCGAGCACGGUCUGACCGCGUCUGCAGAUCACCGGCACACCGAGGCCUCCGUCGCCGCCUCUGCUACGGCCUCCUCCUCCUCCUCCUCCUCUUUCCGCUCUUCCUUUGGUCGCUGGCGUAACUCGCUACGUGUUCCCCAGGCCAGCGGCCGGCGACAUCGACGACGCGCCUUGCUGGAGCACCUUCAGAGCUCAGCGGCGCUUCAUGCGGCUGCCGAGGGCGGGCAGCUAGAAAAUGUUCGCUACAUGGUUUUGGACCUCGGCUUGGGCGUCAAUAGCCACAUGGGAGCGAGCGAGGCCGACACGCCGCUGCACCGCGCCGCCAAGCUGCGUGAGGUCAACGUGGUGGCGUGGUUGCUCGCCAACACGGACGCGCGGGUGGACGAGGUGAACAAGCACGGCGAAACACCCCUGCAUAUUGCCUGCAGCCACGGGGCCGUCACCUCGGCUCAAUGGCUCGUUGGAUUCGGGGCCAGCCGCACGGUGCGCGACCAUUUGAAUCGCACGCCGUUGGGGGUUAUUGUGGAUUCGCCCUUUUACGACUACAUGGACUUGGCCAAGCCUUGGUCCGCAUUGGAGAUGGCCGUUGAUGCCCGGCUGAUCCCACUUUUGCGCCAGGGCUGCGCCGACGGCUAUUUCUGGCGUCUCUGUACCGACCCUGUAGGCCUGCUUCACCGCGCCAGCCAACCCAGUGUGCGGAACGGUGCUCCACCAGACCCCGACGUGCAGCGCCUCGUCUCCGACAUGGUGGCACCGUGGUCGCCAGAAAAUCACUACCUUCGCUCGCUGGGCUUUAAACGCGUCGUGGUGGCCCUCCUUGUGGCGCGGCGCCGCCUCUUGCAGGAUGCUGGCCGUCUCAACCGCACUGUCUUGGGCCGCCUGCGGGCCAUUUCCGCUUUCGAACGCAGCUCUGGCUUUGAGCGGGGCGCCCCUGAACCUGCAUUGGCCCAAGACAUUUGGUUUGCCAUAUUUACGGCCCUCGACCCUGGCUGCGAUGCCAUCUCCCUGGCCGUCGCAUAUUGGGCCGAGCGCAGCAAAAUGCAGGGUGCUUCAGACCGAAUGACCUUUGGCUGGCGUCGCACAGAGUUGCUUGGCGGCAUCUCCAACGGCAUCUUCCUCAUUGUCAUUGCCAUUAUGAUCACCCUCCAAACCGUUCCCUUGUUCAUUGAGCCCGACGGCAUAGUCAUGGUGGUGGCGGUGGUCAUAAACACGGGCAUGGAAGUGGAUCGUCUGAGGGCCAUGGGCAUGCACAUGGUCUCGCCAGUCGCAAGCAUCGAAGCUACAGCGGCCAGGCCCACAGCAUCAAUGAUGGAGAUUGCGCCGACUCGGAUGACAAUGACCGCCAUGGUCACGGCCAUAGCCAUGAUGAUGAGCAUGCCCACGGUCACAGCCACAGCCGCAGCCACAGUCAUUCUCAGAGCAGCAGAUCACAACAUGUGGGGCCUCUUCCUGCAUUUUGCCGGAGAUGUCUUUACCUCUCUUCUGGUCUUGGUGGUUGGCCUGUUGGUCUACUUUUUCAAGCAAACUGAUCAUCCUUGGGUCGUGUAUGCCGAUCCGGUCGCCUCUGUCCUCUCGAGUAUUGUCAUCUUUGUCAGCGCUGUACCCUUGGUCCGCUCGUGUGGUCUCAUCCUCCUCCAGAGCUCGCCCAGCGAUGUCGACGUCCAACGCCUGUCUGGGGAGAUCUUGCAGGUGGAAGGCAUUGUUGAUCUGCAUGAGCUCCAUGUUUGGCAGUUGGUGGAUGGCGUAGUCAUUGGCACCAUGCAUGUCAAGGUCAUUUCCACAAAGGCCUGGCCACAGUUGAUGACUCGGCUUCAGGAUCUAUUGCACAAAUACAACAUUCACUCGGCGACCAUCCAACCAGAAUACGUGGACUUGACUGCCGAGCAAGUGGUCGCGGGUACCUGUCAACCUUACGGCAACUGCGUACAAGGCUGCAUUGCGGACGUGUGUUGCGAGCCCAACGGGUUUGGCUUGCGUCAGCGUAUCGUUCCCGAGGACUCGGCUUAGGCGACGAGUAUCUAUGUUUGCCUGGCCACACGCCUUCCCGUCAGGUGUCUAUCGUUCGCUUUUACUUAGGAUUUUGUGCUACGAAACAAUAUUAUGUAAACUUUUUAUACGCCACCGCCAACGUGUCGACCGAACGCUGUGUUGCUCUGUUCUUUGCUUUCACCUCUACGAACAUCCACGCGAUGCGGAAAUCGAAAUUUGACUGUG